CUGCACUACGGGACCCUCCUGGGCAGCAGAGCUUGUGCCCACAUGGCAGCAGCUGCCUGGGCCACUGGCUUUCUCAAUGCUCUGCUGCACACAGCCAAUACAUUUUCCCUGCCCCUGUGCCAGGGCAAUGCCCUGGGCCAGUUCUUCUGUGAAAUCCCACACAUCCUCAAGCUCUCCUGCUCACACUCAGGCUACCUCAGGGAAAUUGGGCUUCUCUUGUUUACUGUCUCUUUAGGACUUGGUUGUUUCAUUUUCAUUGUUUUCUCCUAUGUGCAGAUCUUCAGGGCUGUGCUGAGGAUCCCCUCUCAGCAGGGACGGCACAAAGCCUUUUCCACCUGCCUCCCUCACCUGGCUGUGGUCUCCCUGUUCCUCAGCACUGCCAUAUUUGCUGACCUGAAGCCCCCCUCCAACUCCUCCCCAUCCCUGGAUCUGGCCCUCUCAGUUCUGUACUCAGUGGUGCCUCCAAUCCAGUCUUCCCCUCCUGUUCACAGGGACGUCCUGUGA